AUGGCAGCCAUCCCGACGACCCGCGACAACGCAACCCAGUCCAACUACCAGGACAUCCGCACCACCGCUCUCGACCUCGAGUGGACCGUCGAUUGGCAGCACCGCAUCAUCCGCGGACACGUCAAGCACUCGCUCAAGGCUGAGAAGGACGGCGUCGACAAGCUCAUCCUCGACACGUCCUACCUCGCCAUCAAGCGCUGCUACAUCCCCUCAUCUUCACACUCCGACCUUUCCUUCUCCCUUCCCUCAAAGCGUCACCCAAACCUCGGUUCCGCACUCACGAUCUCUCUUCCGCACGCCCUGAAGAAGGACGAGGAGCUCGAGGUCGCGAUCGAGUACUCGACGACGGAUGGUUGCACGGCGCUUGGGUGGCUCGAGAAGGAGCAGACGGACAGCAAGAAGUACCCGUUCAUGUACUCCCAAUGCCAGGCCAUUCAUUGCCGCUCGCUGUGCCCAAUCAUGGACACUCCCGCCAUCAAAUUCCCUUACACCGCGACCGUCCACUCCCCUCUUCCGAUCCUCCUCUCCGCCUUGCGCAUCUCACCGCCUCUCGAAGCUCCCCAGCCACCCAUCGACGGAACGCUCCAGACGACCAAGUGGCAUCAGCCUAUCGCUAUCCCUUCAUACCUCCUCGCGAUCGCCGGAGGAGAAGUGGCCUUCCGUGCGCUUGGAGAACGCACAGGUGUAUGGGCUGAAGCAGGAAAGGUUGAUGCGUGCGCUCGCGAGUUCCAGGAAGACGCGGAGCGGUUCAUCAAGACGGCGGAGGAGUUGUGCGGUUUGUACAAGUGGGGACGCUACGACGCGCUCGUUCUACCGUUCUCCUUCCCGUUCGGAGGUAUGGAGAAUCCGAACAUGACUUUCCUUACGCCUGCGCUUAUCGUCGGAGACCGCUCGCAAGUCGAUGUUCUCGCUCAUGAGGCAUCGCAUAGCUGGCACGGAAACGAUGUGGGUGUUGCGGCUUGGGAUUCGUUCUGGCUCAACGAGGGCUGGACGACCUACACAGAGCGCCUGAUCGCUCUCGGCCUGCACGGCCCGCAAACCCGCGACUUUGAGUACAUUAUUGGCGCCAAGAGCAUGAACGAUGAUUUGAAGAGGUACGAUCGGGACGGGUGGAGGAAGGCGCAGCGGUUGCACAUCCCUUACGACUUCGGCGAGGACCCGGACGAGUUCUACUCGAGCGUCGCCUAUGACAAGGGCGCCAACUUCCUCUACUACCUCGAGAAGUUGGUCGGUGGAGUAGAGGUGUUCAACCCGUACCAGAAGGCCUACAUCAAGGAGUUUGGCGGCAAGGCUGUCUCGACCAAGGAGUGGGAGGACCACUUCUGGUCCUACUGGAACCAGUACCCGGAGAAGGCGAGGAUCUUGAAGGAGAAGGUUGACUGGGAUGCCUGGUUGAACGGCGAGGGGACCGAGUUGCCGGUCAAGAUGGAGUACGACACGACGCUCGCCGACCGCGCCUACGCCCUCGCCUCGUCGUGGAACUCCUCCCGCUCGCUCUCGCCCUCAGACCUCGCAAGCAAGUUCACCAAGUCGGACCUCGAAGGAAUGAGCUCGACGCAGGUCGUCCUCUUCCUCGAGACGCUCGGCACGUACGACAAGUUUGAGGACAAGGUCGUCGAGGCGGUCCAGAAGGCGUACGGUUUUGACAGCUCGCACGACCCGGAGAUCAGGCUCCGCUGGUACCUCUUCGCCCUCAAGUCGGGCCUGUACGCCAAACAAGCCGCUCACUGGGUCCGCAACCAAGGUCGGAUGAAGUACUGCCGCCCGACGUACCGCGCCGUCUUCGUCGUCGACCCUGAGCUCGCCAAGGAGACUUUCCUCAAGUACGGCAAGGGCUUCCUCCACCCGAUUGCGAGGAGGAUGGUCGCGCAGGAUCUCGGACUCGAUGAGGGCGAGAAGAAGGAGAAGUAG